GCUUGCAAUGUUUCUCUCGAACGUCCUGCUGGCGACUUGGAUUCGGGAGGCACAGAUGGGGCCAGCCUUCGACGACCAGAGGAGCUAUCUCCUGGCUUCUCUUGCCUUUGCCUUGUGCUGCGCCUUCAGGGUGUCUUUUGCGGCGAUGUACUUCACCAAGAUAUCUCGCCACCUGCAUCAGAAGAUGCUGGCGUCCGUGCUGCGCCAGCCGCUGAACUGGUAUGACACCACGCCGUUAGGACGGGUCCUGAACCGCUUCUCGCAGGACAUCUCCCUAAUGGACCUUCAGAUGCCGCGACUCUUUGAGUUCGCGAUGCAGCACUUCGCUGUGGUCUUUGUGGGCAUCAUCGGGGCCAGCGUGCUCGCCUGGCCUGCCCUACUGGUCUUGCUGCUGAUCGGCUGGCCUCUUCGUCGCCUGCAGGAUCGCUACGGCUCUGUGGCCUUGAACCUUCAGAGGCUCAUGCUCAUGGCGACCAGCCCCGUCAUGUCCCAGGUCGUCGGGCUCCUCUUAGCUGGUUCUUGUUAG